GUUUUGUGAAAAUCACUACAUGCCUGAUUUCUUUGUCAGCCAGAAAAACGUCUAUUCAAUUCUUUUCAAAUACAUAUCUCAUCGUAACCAAACAACUGGAAAAAUAAUACCCAACGGAAACAACAAACUAAGAGAACAAUUGUGCUGAAAGCCGCUUACUGCUUAGGAGAAGAAACUGGAAAAUAGAUACAUACAUAUGUACAUUUAGGACUCCUGUGUUUCUUUUAUGGGCCAAGGAGAAUAAGCGAAGGUGCGACGCAAAAGGCGUCACAAACUUGCAAACCGGUUUUUAGCGCAGAAACACCUCAUAUUUGUUGAAGUGUCCAGCGGAAAGCAGAGAAAGCACACAGAUUUAAAGGAUCGAUCUAAAAAGCAAUACAAGAGAAUCAUGAACACUGGAAUCUCCCUAAAUGAGCGCUUCACGCAGAUGCAGUCGAAGCAGCCGCCUCAGGGACGCGGUCGCAGCCGCUCGAGAAGCAGGAGCCGGCGGAUCGUGGACAGCGGAGCUGGAAAUCCGGGAGUCUCGGCAGCCAACUCCCGACUGCUGCAGGAGUUCAAGAGGCGCCACACCGUCCAGACGGCCCUUAAACUGAAGCGCAGAAGCUUACGGACAACCGGCGUGAGCGGACGCGGAGCCCGCGUUGGCGGCGUUAAGUCGCUGCGCCUGGCGCCCAACGGAAAGCCCAUGCGGUCCAACAACGUGACCCGGGUAGCAACGAUGCGUGCCGAUCUAGUAGCUAGCGGCAACGCAGCCCGCAGUCGCCGGAGCGGCAGCAGCAUUCGCCGCGUCCCCGCCUCCAACGGUGGAGGUGUAGGUGGUCUUCGUCAGCGGUUGGGACAGCGCCGCCCUUCGGUGGGAGGUGCCGCCGAGCGCGUUGAACGCCGCCAGCGACAGCAGCAUCAGCAAGCCCCACGUGGUCGUUCUCGCUCGCGAUCCCGUUCGCGUCACCCACAACCGCAGCGCACAGACAGAGGUCGCUCUCAGAGCCGUGGUCGAAGCGUAGGGCGUUCCCAGAGUCGCAAUCGUGAUCGCUCCGCCCAGGGUCGUGUUCCGGUCAAACAGCGCCUCUCGGUUAAGCAUCGCCUCGGGGUGCGUCCCGGCCAGGGAAACAACCAGGCCAACAACAAGGUCAAGAACCCUCGCCAGCGUCGGGCAUCGAGCCAACUACGAGGCGUGGCCGGCGGAAAGGUGGAGAAGCGUCGUAACUCCCAGAUUUCUCAAAAAAAGGGAGUCUCCGCCUCACUCGCUGGACGUCCGGGACGACCACGGGGAAGAUCUGCUGUUAAAAACGCUGCUGGUGGGGCUGUGGCUGUUAACAAUAAUGGACCUGCGCGUCGCUCACGGUCACGCAAUCGUGUCGCCGCCGCUGCUGCCGCUGCCACCGCUACCAUUCAGGGUCGGGCUAACAUUCGCCAGCGACGCGGACGCAGUGCGGGCGCUGCGAAGGGACACAACAUCACCAACAACAACAGAAAUGGUAAAACCAACAAAAACGGCAAGAGCAAGGCGGCAAACGGUGGCAAACAAGCCCCGCAGCAACAGGCUCGCCGGGGACGCAGUCGUAGUCGUAAGCCUACAGGUAAACCACAGCGCACGGCGGUGAAACGCGAGGAUCUGGACAUGGAGCUCGAUCAGUAUAUGUCUACUACAAAGUCAGAGAUGGACUACUUGCUGAAGUAAACCCAGGAUUGGACCAAAUGAGAGCCAUUAAAAAGAAUGGAAUUAAGAGAAUAAAACAAAGCUACCACCGGCUAUAGACAGAUUACGUUUCUCUCAUCGCUCUAAGUUACCGCCUAGUUCAUACUUAGACUUAAGCAUACAAAAAACAUUUUAAAUGCCCUCAUCGUGCGCGUUUAAAUUGAUGUUCUCGUGUACAUACGGCAAGCUCUAAAACUAUAAGUAAAUUUGGCCGAGAAAUGUAUAGUUUAAUCAAUGAAAUAUUGUUAAUCGCGUUUCCCGAAAUAAAAAUUAUUCAUUGCCUAACAUAAAAAA